CCAUGAGACGCAAACAACCUGCUGGGAUCAUCCCAAGAUGACUGAGCUUUACCAGUCUUUAGCUGACCUGAACAACGUCAGGUUCUCGGCAUACAGGACUGCCAUGAAACUCCGCAGGCUGCAGAAAGCCCUCUGCCUGGAUCUCCUGAGUCUGUCUGCUGCAUGUGAUGCCUUGGACCAGCACAACCUCAAACAAAACGACCAGUCGAUGGAUAUUCUGCAGAUCAUUAACUGCUUGACCACCAUUUACCAUCGAUUGGAACAAGAGCACAAUAACCUGGUCAACGUUCCUCUCUGCGUGGACAUGUGCCUCAACUGGCUGCUGAAUGUCUACGACACGGGUCGAACAGGAAGGAUCCGUGUCUUAUCUUUCAAAACCGGUGUUGUAUCCCUUUGUAAAGCACACCUGGAAGAUAAAUAUAGAUACCUGUUCAAGCAAGUGGCAAGCUCCACCGGCUUCUGUGACCAGCGCCGGCUAGGGCUCCUCCUGCACGACUCCAUCCAGAUCCCUCGGCAGCUGGGGGAAGUGGCCUCCUUCGGGGGCAGCAAUAUCGAGCCGAGCGUCAGAAGCUGCUUCCAGUUCGCCAACAACAAACCGGAGAUUGAAGCAGCCCUCUUCCUGGACUGGAUGAGGCUGGAACCACAGUCCAUGGUGUGGCUGCCUGUCUUGCACAGGGUGGCUGCUGCUGAGACUGCCAAACACCAGGCGAAGUGUAACAUCUGCAAGGAGUGUCCAAUUAUUGGAUUCAGGUACAGAAGUUUAAAGCACUUUAACUAUGACAUCUGCCAAAGUUGCUUCUUCUCUGGCCGUGUUGCAAAAGGUCAUAAAAUGCACUAUCCUAUGGUGGAAUACUGCACACCAACAACUUCAGGAGAAGACGUCCGUGACUUUGCCAAGGUACUAAAAAACAAAUUUCGAACAAAAAGAUAUUUUGCAAAGCACCCACGAAUGGGCUACCUGCCUGUGCAAACUGUCUUGGAGGGAGACAACAUGGAAACUCCUGUUACUCUGAUCAACUUCUGGCCAGUAGAUUCUGCGCCUGCCUCGUCCCCUCAGCUUUCACAUGAUGAUACUCAUUCACGCAUUGAACAUUAUGCUAGCAGGCUAGCAGAAAUGGAGAACACCAACGGUUCAUAUCUAAAUGACAGUAUUUCACCUAAUGAGAGCAUCGAUGACGAACACUUGUUAAUCCAGCACUACUGCCAAAGUCUGAACCAGGAAUCCCCCCUGAGCCAGCCCCGAAGCCCUGCCCAGAUCCUGAUUUCUCUGGAGAGUGAGGAAAGAGGGGAACUGGAGAGAAUCCUCGCGGACCUGGAGGAGGAAAACAGAAACUUGCAGGCGGAGUAUGACCGUUUGAAGCAACAGCAUGACCACAAAGGACUGUCUCCGCUGCCGUCCCCACCGGAGAUGAUGCCGGUUUCUCCGCAGAGCCCCCGGGAUGCUGAGCUCAUUGCAGAAGCCAAGUUGCUUCGCCAGCACAAGGGCCGCCUGGAGGCCAGGAUGCAGAUACUGGAGGAUCACAACAAACAGCUGGAGUCGCAGCUGCACAGGCUGAGGCAGCUGCUGGAGCAGCCGCAGGCAGAUGCCAAGGUGAAUGGUACAACACUGUCAUCUCCUUCUACCUCUUUGCAGAGGUCAGACAGCAGUCAGCCAAUGCUUCUUCGUGUAGUUGGCAGCCAGACUUCAGAAACCAUGGGCGAGGAUGAGCUGCUCAGCCCUCCCCAGGACACAAGCACAGGUUUGGAGGAAGUGAUGGAGCAGCUGAACAACUCCUUCCCCAGCUCCAGAGGAAGAAAUGCCCCUGGAAAGCCAGUGAGAGAGGCCACAAUGUAGGGAGCCUUUUCCACAUGGCAGACGACUUGGGAAGAGCGAUGGAAACCUUAGUGACAGUGAUGACGGACGACAAGGUGUUAGAAUAGCAAGAUGUGUUUUACAACUUCAGGCGUCCCGCAUGGUUUUUAUAAUAUUCAUACUACCAAGAGGAUUAGACUGUAAGAGUUUACAAGAAAACAAAUCUAUAUUUUUGUGAAGGGUAGUGGUACUAUACUGUAGAUUUCAGUAGUUUCCUAAGUCUGUUACUGUUUUGUUAACAAUGGCAGGUUUUACACGUCUAUGCAAUUGUACAAAAAUUAUAAGAGAACUACAUGUAAAAUCUUGAUAGCUAAAUAACUUGCCAUUUCUUUAUAUGGAACGCAUUUUGGGUUGUUUAAAAAAAUUUAUAACAGUUAUAAUGAAAGAUUGUAAACUAAAGUGUGCUUUAUAAAAAUAAUUGUUUAUAGAAACCCCCUUAAAAAAACAACAAAAAAAAUACUGAGGCAGUGCAUUUGUUUAGUAUCAUUUCAAUUCUGUAACUGCAUCAGAGAGAUUCAUGUUCUGUGUUCUUUUCCUUGCCUAUCAAAAAGAUUUAAAAAAAAAGUAUUUCCUGCAGCGACACCAAAACAGCCAACUUACAUUUCUCAUUGGUUUUGUCUGACUAGGGCUGGCUUAAGAAAAAAAAAAAAAAUCGCCUGAACUUCCAACGAAGGUAGUUACUUCACCUCUUUUCAAUAAAAUUAAGAAUUACAUGAAUCUCACAGCUAGUUUGCAAUAAUUAAAUGAAAGAGCACAUUACAUGACAGAGCCUGCAAAAAAAUAAUGGAAAAAAAAAAAAUACCCCACAAAAGAAAAACCCCAGAAGAAAGAAGGAAA